AUGAUUCAACAGGGCCGAUGUGAUUCUAAGAUGACUGUAGAAAUGAGGAUACCUACAGAAUCGGACAGUAAAGGACAAGCUCUUCCUCAGAUUGACUUCUAUCAAGGACCAAUACAAGAUCUGACCUCUAUGAUGGAUGAACUCAGGAACUCAGGAACUGGCGACUCAGGAACACAACCUGCUUCAGACUCAAUUUUUCAAACUUCAGCAGUCACAACUUUCAAGACAAGGUUAAAUUCAGCUGCAAACAAUGCUUGUAUUAGGAAAGACUCCAACUGGCCAAAGGAGAAUCCUAGACAGCUCUGCUAUUUUUCAAACUGA